AUGGCUGAUUUAUUUGAUGAUUUGAUACCAAUACAUGAUGAUACAAUAUAUACAAAUAUAAAACAAGAUUAUAUAUUCAAAAACUACACUAGAAAACAGGAGGAAGUUAAACAAGAACUAGAGAAAUCACAAGAUGAAGAAUCGAUACUAAAAACUUCAAAUUGGUCACUUUUGAAGACUUUAGCUGGGGCUCAUCAAGGAUGGAUUAGGUCAAUUGCAAUAGAUGAAAUAACGAAUAAGUUCUUCAUAACGGGCUCACAAGACUCAACUAUAAAAAUAUGGGAUUUAAAUCAAGAAUUAGACUUAAAAACAACGUUAACGGGUCACAUAAUGGGUAUAAGAUCAUUAAUAAUCUCCAAAAAGUUUCCUUACUUGUUAUCUGGAUCAGAGGAUAAACUUAUAAAGUGUUGGGAUUUAGAAAGGACUAAUUCAAUUGAAGGUUGUCAAAUAAGACAAUAUUAUGGUCAUUUAGGUGGUAUUUACGCAAUGUCAAUUCAUCCCGAAUUUGAUUUAUUAUUUAGUGGUGGUAAAGAUUCAUGUGUUAGAGUAUGGGAUAUACGAAGUAGAAAUGAAAUAAUGAUAUUAUUAGGUCAUAGAAAUGAUAUAACUACUAUUGAAACAGAUCUGAAUGAUCCACAAGUAAUUACAAGUUCAAUGGAUGGUACGAUUAGAUUAUGGGAUCUACGUCAGACAAAGACUGAAUUAUGCAUAACUCAACAUUCUAAAUCUAUACGAUCAAUGAAAUUACAUCCAAAUGAAAGAACUUUUGUUAGUGGUGAUUCAAAUGGGAAUAUUAAACAAUGGAUACUACCUGAAGGAGAUCUAUUAAAUGAUUUUGAAAAGAAGAAUAAUGAUGAGAUUAUAAAUUCAUUAGCUAUAAAUCCUAUAUCAAAUCAACUUUUUUCAGGGUAUGAUAAUGGUAAAAUUGAAAUUUAUGAUUAUAUUACUGGUAAUUUACUACAACUGGGUAAAUCUCCUGGAUUACCUGGUAAUGAGAAUGAUAAUGCUAUUUAUAGUUCUGUGUUUGAUAUGUCUGGGUUAAGAUUGAUUACUGGUGAAGGUGAUAAAAGUAUUAAAAUUUGGGGUGAUUUAAAUAAUGAAAUAUAG